AUGACAAAGCACCUUCGGGGCACGGAGGUUGUGCUUUCAUUUAUCGUGGGCCAUCUCGAUCCAGAAGGUAUUGCCCAGAAGAACCUUGUGGACGCAUGUAUUGCAGCUAGAGUGAAAAGGUUUGCACCAAGUGAAUGGUCAAUAGCUAGUAAUAGUGGCAGCGCCAUGUAUAGGAGCAAGGAUAUUGUUAGCGCAUAUUUAAGACAGGUUAAUAAGGAUAAGAAGAGGUUAGAAUUCUGUCUCUUUCAGCCAGGCUUAUUCCUCGACUAUUUAAUUUUCCCACACAGCACGACAAAGCACGCCCAACUGUUUUGUACACCUUGGGACCUGCAAAAUCGCCGUGCUAUUAUCCCAGAGGGCCCUGACUUUCCGCUUGUGUUGACCACCGUUGGAGAUCUGGUAAAGGUCGUGGUCGAAGCUGUGACUUUCCAAGGCACGUGGCCAGAGCGAGGUGGGAUAUGUGGCAAUAAAUUCAUGAACUCGGAGUUUUUGAAACUCGCAGAGUCAAUUAGAGGUGAAAUACGUCCGAUACAUGUGGAAGUCGCCUCAAACACUGAUAUCGACAACUUGUCUUUUAAAACGUCCUGGAUCCCUCAGGCUAAUCACGCUUCCUUAUCACCAGAAGAGCGAGCCUCGAUCUCGAAGCAGUUCUUGGGCAUGAUUCUCACGGCUGUGAGAAAUGGUGCUUUUGGUGUCACAGAGGAGUGGAACCAGCUUCUACCGAAUGUUGAGAUGACCAAAGCAGAGACAUUUCUGCGGAUGAUCUGGAAAGAUUAG